ACUUGGCCUUCCAGUGUUCCGUUGCGUCGGGAUAGUGGAGACGCAAAUCAGGGGAAACGAAUGUUCUGACAGAAGAAAAGUUCAUGCUGGAGUUCAGAAACGGCCUAGAAACACAUAUGAAGUCCAAAGUGUACAUGGAGAGCCUGACCAAGCCAGAGUUGCUCAUGCUUUUCAGCAUCCUGGAAGGAGAGCUGGAGGCCCGUGAUGUUGUCAUUGAAGCUCUAAAGGCCCAGUGCAAAGAGCUGUUUAUCCAGGAGCGCUACGGAAGGUACAACCUAAGUGACCCCUUCCAGGCCUUGCAGAGAGACAGUGAGAUUGUCGGGGACCCAAAUAAGGAACCUAGCCAUUCUUCCCGUGCUUCCAACCCUCUGGUGGUUCUUAAUCUGGUGGUGAGCCACUGCAGGGGGAUGCAAGAGAAGAUGCUGGCCCAGCUGGCUGCAGCUGAGAGCAGGCACAGAAGGGUUAUUGCAGACCUGGAGGAGGAAAAGAGGAGGCAUGCUGAGGACACAGCAGAGGGAGAUGAUGUCACUUACAUCCUGGAAAAGGAGAGGGAGCGCCUACAACAACAGCUGGAAUUUGAGCGGAGUCAGGUCCGCCGGCUGGAAAAGGAGCAGAGACGGAUUACUGAGCAGCUCGAAGAAGAACGGGCUCAGCACAAGCAGCUCUCUUGUGCUCUGGCCAAAGAGUGCAAGUGGGCGAGUGCCAGGGCUCUGGAGGAGGGUCGCCGGCUGACAGAGCUGAACUGCAAACUUGACAAGGAGAAAGAUGCCUGUCAGACUCUACAAAAGGAACUGGAGGAGGAAAGGAUGAGAGCCUUGAGGAUGGAGGCGACGGUGGAGGAGCAGCUUGCUGAGUUUGACACAGAGCGGGAACAGCUUCGCUCGCGGUUGAAGAAGGAAGAAGCUCAGUGCUCUGAUCUACAACAACAGGUGGAAGAGCUAAAUAGGAAGCUGGAAGAGGUGUACACAGUGAAAGAAGUGCGAGGAGCCUGUGCCAUUCUAGAUUAUGCAACAGGAAGAGAACGGGCUACAAAGGUUCCUGCAUGGAGCUUAUCAAUGGACACCAUUAAGGUUGAAGACAUUGAAGAGGACCACCUAUCUGAACAGCCAAAGCCCAGUCCUCAUUGUCCAGGGGAGACUAAUGGGCUUUAUACAUCAAACAUAUACUCAGAGAAGAUGUCCUGUCAGAAUGAAAAUGAGAAUCCUUCUCAUCAGACACAAACAUCUUUUUCCCACUGCAUUGCAGCAUUUCCUGCUGCUCAGACACGUUCCUCUCCCUGCACUUCACCUGUCCUCGUCAAAUGCACCACAGGCAGCAUGAGCCAGGGAAGCUAUCAGUCUCCGUACCAGACUGGGAUAAAUCAGCGUUUCCAUGCAGCACGGCACAAGUUCCAGGGUUCCACUGAGCCGGAUUCACAUACCCAGCCUGCUCAACCUGUCCCCUUGCUCUCAUCAAAAGAGCUCUCUCCUGUGACCAGCAGCUCCUCUCCUGAAGCCAGCCCAGUCAAGCAGAUGGCCCGAAGCACAGUCACUCAGGUCUUGUCUCGUUUCACCUCUGUCCAGCCGAGCACCACAAUGAAAUCUGGCACUCCAAAUAACUCCCCGUUUGGUACAGACUACCGCAGCCUUGCAGCACCCCUGUCUCCUGUCACUGGGAGGGCCACAGGGGCAGUUCCCCAGGGGCUCCGAUCACCAACCAUCUCUAGGGUGGAAAGGGGAAACCCUCCCCCUAUCCCUCCUAAGAAACCCGGUCUUACCCAAGCUCCUCUAUCUCCAGCUGGAGUACCGAAAUCUGGCAGCCAUUUCUCAGAGAGCCCCUUGUCGGGUAGCUGUGGCCUCAGCUCCACCCAGGAUGGUGUCAAAGAACUAGACAUAGUUGUUUCAUUAAAUUAACACAUUAUUCAGCCUUCAGAUACUUCUUUCAUUGCAGGAUCAUCUAAUGAUUAUAACUGAGACUUGUACAUGUCAGGAUUUAUAGCAUUUCUUUAACAAAAAUCCCCAUAAAAAAUAUUAUGUGUAUUUAUCAGAUGUGUUUUAAAUAAUAAAAGAGGUGCUAUAUUAGGUGGAAAAAGAGAACUAAUUACUUUAAAAAGGUUUUCCAAUCUUUUUUUGUGGUGACCAAAAAUAAAAUACAGACUGAUGAGCUGUCAUUCAGUCCCAGGAUACGAGUCCUGGGACUAAUUAUUAACAAAUGUGUUACUGGUUAAAAUAAAAAAAAUCAUCAAUGAAUUUUACAAAUUCUACAAAAGUUAUAUUUCAUUGUACAGUCUUAAUUUUAACUGUUAUAAAUGUGUGUCUAAUGUGUCUAAUAAUCACUCAUGUCAUCUAAAUUGCUGUCAUUUCUUGAUAUUCUGUUUUUUAUGUUACAUAAUAAUGAUUAUCAAAGAGACUGAUUACAUGCAGUUACUGCUGGAGGAGAUUUUUCAAGUUCCUUUGUCAUUGUAGGAAUUCUGCAUUACAUAACUAUCAACCUUUGCUAUUAGUAGUUUCAGGGUUUAGUUUCUUCUGUUAUGUUGGUUAUUUCUGCCUUCAUCGCACGCUUUGUGAUGAUUUGCUGGCUAAAAAGUGGCAUAUUUAAUAAAUUACUCCAAAAGAUAAA